AUGUCAGUAGAUGUGCAGAAUUUGAGGCGCAGAUCCGCGGUGGAUAGUACAGAACGUCCUUGGGACUAUGAACACAGAGUUUACCGCCGUAGCUCCCUGUGUGACAGACUGUGUGUGGGCAGCUCUCAUCCUGAGGUUGAUGUGGCUUCUUCCGGUGGUUUGCACAAUUUUUGUCAUCACACACCAAAAUGCCAUUCUCUACACAGACACUCCUCGUCUUCACGGUUCCCUGAAGAUGUUUGGCAGGAAGCUAGCUGCAAGACUGCUAUCCAUGUAGAGAAUGAAGUGGAGGCACACAAACUGGUCAAUAACUACAUGUUUGGUUUCAGAAAAUGGAAAAGUCAUGUUACUGAGCGUCCUAUAGAAGAUAGAUCAGAUUUGGUAAAGGAAUUAUAUUCUGAACAGAUCUACAUCAAACCACAAACAGAUUCACCAAUCACCAUUGGAAAUGUAGUCUAUGCACUGGUCUUUGGCUGGUGGAUCUCUUUAGCAUACCUCCUGGUUAGCUUACUGAUGUUUUGCACCAUUAUUGGGAUUCCACAUGGGAAACUCUGUUUGAAAUUGUCAGGCUACUUAUUGUGGCCCUUUGGAAAAGCAUUACAAAAGACUAGCAGUCUGGUAAAAAAAUGUUGCGUUAAAAUUCCCCACUGUGAAGCAAUUCCAGAGGAAAGUGAUGAUACAAAGAGGUCAUCAGGUUUGAAGGAAUCAUCUCCACUUUUAAUUCCCCAUCCUCCCAUUCCUACAGAUGACCCACAAAGUUCUUCUUCCCAGAGGCGCUCUUACUGGUGUCGUGUGAGCACGUAUGUUUGGCUCAUCUUGGGCUACAUUCCUCUAGUCAUAGUCCACUCUUUGGCCUGCUUGAUUUCCUGGGUGAUUGUUUUUACCAUCCCUGUGGCGAAGAUGAAUGCCAGGAUGCUUAGCACCAUCCUUCUUCUGCCUCCAGAUGAAGUUCAAGUUUGCCUAGUGAAGACGACUCAAAAUUGUGAAAUGAGGGUUCUGCUGUGCUGCUAUCAUGCCUUUAAUUGGCACUACUACAAGUACACUGUAGAUGGAAUUAAUGUCUUUGCUGUCAAUCUGCUUUCUAUGGUCAUUGUCACUUUGGUAAUUGGCUAUGUGGACCGUGACAAUUAUUUUGUCAGGUCUGAGGUAAAGUUUGCUACAGCUGUGACCUCCAUCAUACCCCUGUCUUAUUACAUUGGCAUGGGCAUAGCAAGUAUUUCAGCUCAGAGUAACUUUGCUGUUGGAGCAGUAGUGAAUGCCACAUUUGGCUCCUUCACUGAAAUGACUUUUUAUAUCACCGCCUUGCUGCAAGGUCAACGAGUCGGAAGCAAGUGUUAUGGAGAAAUUGUUAAAGCUGCUCUUACUGGGACCCUUCUUGGCUGCAUCCUUCUUAUUCCGGGUCUGUGUAUGAUCAUUGGUGGCUGCAAGCACAGCGAGCAAAGAUUUAACAGUCGAUCUGCUGGGGUCAGCUCUGCACUGCUGUUCAUUUCAGUUGGUGGUGUGUUUGCUCCCACACUGUUCUCUAAAGCCUACGGUAACCUGGUAUGUGACAGUUGCAGUAAUCCUUCUGGGAACAGCAGCGGACCUUUUCUCUGCACAGCCUGCCACUAUGAUCUGAGUAAAAACAAUCCCUCCCUUUUCACGAGUCAUAUUGAGCCCCUGGUGUAUACAGUGUCGGUUCUUCUUCCUACUGCUUAUCUAAUCGGCCUGAUAUUUACUCUGAAGACUCACUCCCACAUCUACGACAUCCACAUCAGCGAUGCCCACUGUCAUGGUACUAGCUCUUUUUGUGUGUUCUAUUGAUAUGUGUUAGUGGCAACUGACCGUAAUCCGGUGGUGCACUGGUCAAGAUGGAGGGCUUUGAUGGUUCUUAUUGUUGCCACGUUUCUGACAGCGGCCUGCGCCGACCUUACCACGGAGCACAUCAAACCCAUCAUCUCUCAUUCCAUUGUCUCUCAGUACUUUAUUGGUGUUACUGUGCUAGCCAUGGUUCCUGAGCUUCCAGAAAUAGUCAACGGGAUUCAGUUUGCCCUUCAGAACAACAUAAGUUUGAGUCUGGAAGUUGGAAAUUGUAUCGCUGUGCAAGUCUGCAUGCUUCAGAUUCCUCUCUUGAUCUUAUUCAAUGCUGUUCAUGAUGUUGGGUUUGUUCUUAUAUUUAGUGACUUGCACCUCUGGGCGAGCUUUUUCAGUGUUAUUCUUGUCAACUAUAUCUAUAUGGAUGGAAAGUGUGAUUAUUUCCAGGGAACAGCUUUGGUGGUCGUCUACCUGAUCCUCCUGGCUUUGUACUUCUUUGCUCCGUCUCCUCGUGGCUGCUAACCAUCAAGUCCAUCUGUAUGCUUUUUUUCCCCCUUCCUAUUUUGUACAACAAUAUUGCAUAGAUAUGUAUGUAAGGUUGUUAAGAUUCA